ACAGAAUGUGUUCUAUAUGCAACACACCAACAUUGAAAGAUGAACACAUGCAGAAUCCAAAUGCAGUGCUUGUCAGCGGUGGUUUUUAUUCUCCUCAAAGCCAUGAUGAAGUUUUACACGCUCAUUCUUCUGUGUUGUCUGUUCAACUUCACACAACAGCUCAAUCAACAAGAUCGCUGUGUGUGUGAACUGACGAACAAAGAGAAGGCAUUCCCUCAUGAAACCCUCAACUCAGUGAACGAAAAUGCAGCAAAAUGCUCUCACACUGUCAGCCCACAAAAGGCUCUGGAACUUGAAAGUCAGCUGCUUGGAUUGAAGCUCCGUUUGCCCCAACUUCUAAAAGAUGUGUCAAUACUGGAGAAGGAGGAUGACGGCAAGCUAUAUGGAGUGGUUAGUCUCCAGGUGAUAGAGAAUGAACUCGUUGAGAUCAAGAAUAUGGUUGACAGACUCAACAGAACCACCCAGGGAUUCCAGCACUUAACUACUGAUUCUGGCAGACAGCUGAUGCACCUGAAAGAAGAGCUGCAGGAGUUGGAGCUAUAUGACAGCUUACAGGUAGAAAAGAGCCGUAAAGCCAACCUGCGCCUAAAAAGAGACCUGGAAAUAUGCAGGAAUGAUGCACAGCCCACUCCUCAUCCAGACAGUGUGCAGACCUCAGAUGUCUGUCCCCAUGGCAAGUUUGUGAAUAUUACUGGGCCUAAAUUCUACUCCAAGGGAGAAUCUACUGUUAACCAUAAGUAUGGAGGCUGGGGCCGUGACCCAAAACCUGAGUUGGGGAAAGAGAACUGGUAUUGGCGGGUGAUAUUAAAUGUCAACAACAUAUAUGCCAACCAUAUCACUUUCUACUCCAGCCUGAGUUCUCUGACCGUAGGAAUUAAGUUACCAGGUAAUUUCGACAUCAGUCCUUCUAAUCCAACCACCAACACCAUUCAAGGACCAAAUGUUGUUCUAUAUGGUGACGCCUUGUUCUACAAUUGUUAUAACAGUGACCGACUUUGUCGGUUCAACGUAACAUCCAAAACCGUUUCCACCCUGCAGUUACCUAAAGGCACCAGGUAUAACUCAAAGGGGAAUUUUUGCCAUUUUAGCGAGUGCUACUUAUAUACUGACUUCGACCUUGCAACAGAUGAGUCAGGUGUGUGGCUCAUCUACAGCACGGUCCAUGACUUUGGUAACCUGGUGUUGGCCAAAGUGGAAGAAGGAGAUCCACCUACGGUCAACCAAACUUGGUACACCUCAGUCUAUAAGGAAACGGUCACCAACACCUUCAUGGCUUGUGGUAUCCUCUAUGCGACACGAUUUGUAAAUGAUACCAUGGAAGAGAUUUUUUAUUCAUUUGACACCUCAACUGGAGAAGAGAAGUUCAAACUUGGCAUCUUCUUCCGCAAGAUGUGUCCUGACAUUAACUUCCUGAAUUACAGCCCAAGGGACCAGAUGUUGCACGUCUACUGUGACGGCUACAUGGUCUCUUAUGACUUUUUGUUUGAAUAAAUACUGUAAGUACGACAGGCUGAAGUCAUUUAACUUGAAAGUAAAGUUACAUUUUCAUCUUUUUCUUUCGGCUUGUUGCAUUAGGAGGGAUGGGAGAGAGAUUUGUCGAAAUGACAGUUUUUACCGAUUGCUUUGACCUGUUUGUGUCACUAUAUGCACAAAUUUUACUUUUUUUUUUUUUUGUGUGUGUGCAUUUAUCAUGAAUAAAUAUUCAAUGUUGCAUUUAAA